AUGGAUAGAAUAGCGAUAGAUCAUGCACCAGGACAAUUUAAUCUUUACCAGUUUCCUGACAAAUUUGUUGUUGAGCCAGUGCUUGGUGAAGGAUCAUUAGAGAUUGAUCGAUAUUCAAACGACGUUAAUUUGAAAAUAACAAGUAGACAACAGCCACUUCAAUCUAGUCAUCAAGCAAUUAAAGUUGAGCGUAUUAAUGGACUUGUUGGAAUUGUUGAAUUAGUUUCUGGCCCAUAUUUAAUUUUUAUAAAAUCGGCAACAAGUGUUGGUAUGUUCAAUGAUGCUGAGAUUUUCAAAGUUGUGGAAGCCGAAUUGGUUCCAUUCAAAUCUUCGAAUUUGCAUCUUUCUGAAAGGGAGGUUUGUUAAUUUUAAAAAAUGUUUUUUUGUAUUUUUCUUGGGGAGAAGGGUAUUUUUUUAAACAAAAUUGUCGAGAACCUCGAAACCUAUUGAAAUUGAAACCCCGGUGUUAGUGAAAGUAUGGAUUAUGUGAUUUCCGGAGCCAGGACUUUUGACCUGAAAUUUGUCUCGGGCAAUUUUGUAGAGCUAUCUAAUUUCGGAAGAAUUUUUCAUGACUCUAGACUAACGC